AAGAGUGAUGGGGGUAGAUCUAGAUGCACCCAACCCCUGUCGUUUGGACUUCUCCCAGAAGAGUAUGGGUGUUGAUGCACAGAGGAGAAUCCUGAAUCGCAACCACCGAAGACUACGUCAGGAUGUGGACAUCGAGACCAUUUACCCGCACCUCAACGAGCACAGUCUACUGUCAGACCACGAGAGAGAAAUUCUACUCAACGUUUACCACACACGACAGUUCAAGAUAGACAAACUGUUACAGUGGAUACCCAUGAAAGGCAGUGGUGCAUUGGAUAAGUUUAUAGAUUGUCUGCAGAGGUCUAGUCUCGAAGCUAGUGGCCACGAAGAGCUCGCAGACCUGUUGCAGCGAGAUGUUGAUCGUGACAGAGACAAUCCUGAUCUCGACAAGUGGCUGCGGAUACCCGCCCCUCGUUUAUCAACAAUUAAAAAGGCACUGUAUUGGCAUUGUUUUUGGUCU